AUGGCAUCGGUACCAAAUCUCUUGUCUCUCCGGGGGACAAGAGGUGGCAGCAGAGGAGGUGGGCGCCGCGGCGGCGGCGGCGACGGCGGUAGGGCCGCAACGGCAGACGCUACCAUCCAGGGGACGGAUAAUGACGCUGCCGUAUCGAGGUUGAGCGCCGUGGACCUCGGAUACUUAGAUGACGUGUUUGCGCGAUACUUUGUCCAGGACGUCGAUGCGCCGAGGCGACUGCCCAUCAUCAACCGGGCGCUUGACCGUCUAGUAGACGAAUUCCUGUCGAAUUCGCCAGACGCUGCGAGGCAGAUUGUAUCGCUGGGGGCCGGCACCGACACACGACCGUUCCGACUGUUCUCCCGGCCGCUACGGCAGCAGGGGCAGCAGCAGAAGAAGACGCUGAUAUACCACGAGCUAGACUUCGGGGUGGUGAGCGCGCGCAAGCUGCGUACCGUGCGGGGAACACCUGCGCUUAGCCGGAUCCUGUGCGACGCGACACCGGUGACGGACGACGGCGCAUCGUGGACCAGUCGGCCGUCCUCGGGAGCGGGGGACUACCACUGUCACGGGCUGGACCUGCGCAGCCUUGCUGCCGCCGCCGGGAAGGGAGAGGGGUCGGGAGGAGGGGGGUGUACCCUGCCGGGUCUGCGCACUGACGUCCCCACGCUGGUGAUAUCAGAGUGCUGCCUAUGCUACAUGAGUCCGCAGGAGGCGAUGGGUGUGAUGUCAUACUUUACGUCGCGCAUAGCGGCCCUCUCGACGGCCAUAUACGAGCCCAUAAGACCCGAUGACCCCUUUGGCCGGGUCAUGGUGUCCAACCUGGCUGCCCGGCGGAUCCGGAUGCCGACGCUGAACGCGUACCCCCAGCCCGCGGACCAGGAGCAGAGGUUGCGCGACGCGGGAUUCAGCCAUGUCAAGGCCAUGACAGUGGGGGACAUAUGGCGUACGUGGGUGGACGACAAGGAGAGGGAGCGCGUUGACGGAUUGCAAGGGUUGGACGAAGUUGAAGAGUGGGAGUUGUUGGCUGCGCAUUACGUCGUUGUCUGGGGGGGUAGGAAGGGUGCUGACAGCGAUGGCGGUGAUACCGAAUAA